UCAUUUUAUAUUACGUAUUACAUAUUAAAAAAAUAAGAAUAUCAACAUACAAUUUGAUAACCUAUAUUAAUAUACCAAAUUUGUUUGUAUUAUUUGUUGUGUGAUAUUUUAUAUCUAUAUUAAUAUUUCCUAUUUUAUACUUAAUAUAAUCGUAUAAAAUAAAUAUUCAAGAAUCAAAAUGAUAAAAAAUAGUGCAUUAAAAUUAAAUUGUGUGGGUGGUAAUUCAAUUAAUACUCUAAGGUAUUUAUCAACACAAACUUCAGGUGGAGGUCCUAUAGUAGAACCUGCACUUCCUCAACCAUUACCUCAACCCCAACCUCAACCUCAACCUCAACCUCAACCUCAACCUCAACCAGAUUCUUUACCACCUCUUGAAAUUCCAGUACCUCAUAAAAGUGCAAUUGCAGGCAAGGAAGCACAACAAACAAAUAUAGAAAAUGAUGUCUUAUUUAAAGAAGUUGGAAAUAAAGGUAUUAUUAUAUUGAAUCGUCCAAAAGCACUAAAUGCUUUAAAUUUAUCAAUGGUUGAAAAAAUAUAUCCAGUACUUAAGAAAUGGGAAUCAUCUAAAAAAUUAGUGAUAAUUGAAGGUGCAGGAGAUAAAGCAUUUUGUGCAGGUGGUGAUAUAAAAUCUAUUGCUAAUGAAAUAAGAGAUAAUGAUAAUAAAGUCUUAGGUGAAACAUUUUUGAAAAAGGAAUAUACCUUAAAUCAUCUCAUUGGUACAUAUAAAAUACCAUAUAUAGCAACAAUAAAUGGAAUAACUAUGGGAGGUGGUGUUGGAAUAUCAGUUCAUGGUAAAUAUCGAAUUGCUACAGAAAAAACAUUAUUUGCAAUGCCAGAAACAGAAGUUGGAUUAAUUCCUGAUGUUGGUGGAACUUAUUUUUUACCUAGACUAAAAGGUAAAUUAGGACUUUAUCUUGGAUUGACUGGAGAUCGAUUACAAGGUAUUGAUGUAUUACUUGCUGGUAUUGCAACACAUUUUAUUCCUUCUGAGAAACUACCAAAUUUAAAAGAAGAUUUACUGAUGACUGAUAAAUCUGAUAUUAAAGAAAUCUUAAAUAAAUAUCAAUCUAAAACAUUGAAUCAAGAAUUUUGUUUAGCACCAUAUAUGAGUAAAAUAGAUAAAUAUUUUUCUGCAUCAUGUAUAGAAGAAAUUAUAGAGAGAUUAAAAGAAGAUAAUUCAGAAUGGGCCAAAAAGACAUUGCAAAUGUUAUUAAAAGCAUCUCCUACUGCUCUAAAGUUUACAAUGUGUGCUAUUCAAAAAGGAAGCACAUUGAAUUUGGCAGAUUGUUUAAAGAUGGAGUUUAGAUUAAUGUGUAAUUUUUUUAACAAAACUAGUGAUUUUUGCGAAGGUGUCAGAGCCGUUUUAAUCGAUAAAGAUAGAAAACCAAAGUGGAAUCCCAAAAACUUAAUAGAAGUAACAGACAAUUAUGUAAAUCAACAAUUUAAUCUUUUAAUAAAUGAAUUACACAGUAUUAAAUUAGAUUAGAAUAUCAGGGAAAUAGCAUAAAAAGUACAAAUUGUAUGAAAUAGAAAACAACAUGCUUUAUUUGAAAAAUAAUAAACAAAAUAUUAAUAAGUAUUUACAAUUACUAUGUUAAUACAUUAAAAAAAAAUAUUAUUUUUAAGUUUUUUAUUUUUUGUUAUUCUA